CGCCGCCGCCGCCGCCGCCCCCCUCCCCUUCCUCCGCCGCCGCCGCAUCAUGACGGCGUACAUGGCGAAAAGCGGAGAAUCGGGCGACUCGCCGGCUCCCAAGGAGGCGCUGCUUCCAGCAGGGCACCCGGCCGGCCACCACGGCCUCCAGGCCUACACCGGCAACUACAUCGAGGUCCCUGCAGGCACGUGCGUCGAGUCCCCCUACCACUACAGCAAGUACCCCGGCCUCGGCCCCAAGAUUGCCGCCGGUGUGUUCCUCCGCACCCCGCCCGUCCCCGUCAACCUCGACCUCUCGGCCAUCGCAGGGCGAUUCUCCAACCUCCAGUCCAUGGCGCUGUCCGGCGACACCACCCUCGAAGCCUUCAGGCCACCCGUGACAAGGAUUUUUCAACCCUCUGUUGUGGUGCAAUCCCCACGGGAUUAUCGCACUAUUGCCUUAAUUCGCAACUACAUGAGGAAGGCUAGGGUACUGCGGGCAGAGAAUCUGGAAGCUCUAAUUGACAAGCGAAUUGACAAACAUGAGAAGAAAAAGCUUGAAGCUGAGCGUCUCCUUCUAGAGGAAGAAAGGAGGAAGUUUGAGGAGGAAAAGAGGAACUUUGAGUUAGAGAAAAAGCUGUUUCCUCAGAAAAAAGUAGCUGUGGAUGAUGAAAAGAAGGAGACAAAGCAGUCUUUAUUUGAGAGCACAAUUGAUACAGCUGACAAGCAUGUCACACUUUUUGAGAAGAUCAUCAGUAUCCCCCAAAAAGGAGAGACAUUCGGGAAGACCAUAACUGAAAAUGCAGAAGUUAUUCUUAAGAAACUCAAGGUACUUAAGGAGAAGAGGAUACCAAGGAGCAUUACUUCCUCAGGAGUGGCCGGGAUUUACUUCUUCAAGGAAGAAAUGAAGGAGUGGACUGGGAUGAGGGUUGGGGAAUCAAAUGGGGAAUCAAAUGCUGUCCUGAACGUAGGAAAUGGAAAGGUUACUGCAAAUGGGUUCCACAAGGCAGGGAAUGGAGGCAAGGGUGCUUCCUCAACCGGCGUCGACCCUGCUUCCUCAACCGGCGUCGACCCUGCUUCCUCAACCGGCGUCGACCCUGCUUCCUCAACCGCCGUCGCCCCUGCUUCCUCAACCGCCGUCGCCCCUGCUUCCUCAACCGCCGUCGCCCCUGCUUCCCCAACCGGCGUCGCCCCUGGUGUGACUGGAGCUCAGGUUGGAGGUGAACCCAAGGUUGAGUGAUUUAGCCGAUGGAAGUUUCUUAAACAUCACUUUUUGUUGCCCCUGGUGUGACUGGAGCUCAGGUUGGAGGUGAACCAAGGUUGAGUGAUUUAGCCGAUGGAAGUUUCUUAAACAUCACUUUUUGUCGCCCCUGUUGUGACUGGAGCUCAGGUUGGAGGUGAACCCAAAGGUUGAGUGAUUCAGUCGAUGGAAGUUUCUUAAACAGCAACCUUUGGCAUUUGACCCUAAGCUAUGAUUUUUUGUCA